CUCCUGCUUUCUUCAGCGCUUCUUCCGCCGACGUUCCACAUGAUUCCAACUUUUAAUAGCAGAAACGCUAAACAAGCUAGCUGUUGGUGUGAAACACCGUAGUUAUAUCGAGUUUGUACUUUAGUUUGCAGCUCUAAGUACAUAUAUUUCUGGGCUAACAUGCUUCUUUUCUGUCCAACCUGUGGGAACGUUUUAAUUGUCGAGGAAGGACAGAAGUGCAUGAGAUUCGCUUGUAAUACCUGUCCAUACGUACACAAUAUCACAAGAAAGGUAAACAACAGGAAGUAUCCCAAGCUAAAAGAGGUGGAUGAUGUUCUCGGUGGAGCUGCAGCUUGGGAAAACGUGGACUCAACUGCUGAAACUUGUCCCAAGUGUGAGCAUCCUCGGGCAUAUUUCAUGCAGAUUCAGACCAGAUCAGCUGACGAACCAAUGACGACUUUCUACAAAUGCUGCAAUGCCCAGUGUGGACAUAGAUGGAGAGACUGACACCUUUGCACUUUGGAAAUUUUAAUGUAUUUAAUACUUAAGUGGUAUGGAUAAUUCCCCACAUCCCUUGUCCCUCAUUCUUGAGCCUUUAUUUAUUACCAACAGGCUCUGGUAGUUUCAGAAAUCCUUUAGAUUAUUGAUCAGUUUAUGUGUUUUCUGUUCUGUCGGUAGCCACAGCUGAGGAAACUUCUCCUUUUGUCUUUGCAGAUUAGUUACAUACUGCACUUAGCAGGCAUAAUUAAGUUUCCAAACAACAUUAAAAAUGAGUUUCAAUGAAAAA